AUCCCACCCACUCUACUCCUCCCACUUCUCCGAUCGAUUCGAGGCCGCCGCGGCUCCGCGAAGCGGAAGAAACCCUAGCCGAACCCACCGGAGAGGAGAGGGGAGGAGAGGCGGAGCAUCAAGCAUGCCGCGCCGGCAUGUGUCGCUGCCCGACGCCUUCAAGCUCGUCCUCGGCAAAGACCAGGACCAGUGGCCUCCGGCGGCUACCCUCAUCGUCGCCGCCUACUACGGCGACAUCCGCCGCCUCAAGGAGAUUGCAAAGAGCAUGGACGUCGAGGGGAAAGGGCUUCAGGAGACCCUGGCCCAUGCCAACUUCCUCGGCACGUACGCCCUCCACGCCGUCUGUGACAGCGGCAACAUGCCUACCCUUCAGUAUCUGGUCGAGGACCUCAACAUGGACGUCAACAAGCCUGACACUAUGGGAGAUUUGACGCCAGCAAUGCAUGCCGUGUUAUACGGGAAACUUCCUGCCUUGAGGUUUCUUGCUGAUCAUGGUGCUAAUCUGCAUCAACAGCCUAAGGGAAUUACUCUUCUCCAUGCAGCUGCAGAGGGAGGGCGGCCUGAAAUAUUCAAAUUUCUGCUUUCUAGAGGAGUUCGUGCUGAUGUGGAAUCAACUUCCCCGUUAACUUCCUUCACGCCACUGUUCCUUGCUACUUGUGGAGGAUAUGCUAGUAUUCUGGAGAUUUUAUUGGAGCAAAAUGCAGAUCCGAACGUGCGUAUGGGUGAUCAAGUUACACCUAUAAGCUUCGCAUUAAGACACUCUUCUGUGCCUUGUUUGAAGCUAUUGGUUCAGGCUGGAGCUGAUGUGAAUGGUUUUGGAUCUUAUAAUCCUUUGGCAAAAGCUGCAAAGAAAGGUUUAACUGAAGCUAUCAAGUGCUUGUUGGAAGCUGGUGCAGAUCCAAAUGUUCCUGACUCAUUUGGCAGACUGCCAAUAGAGUUGGCCGCUGAAUAUGGUACAUGGGAAGACGUUGAGCUUCUAUUUCCUGUCACUUCCAAAAUUCCAACAGUGGCAGAUUGGAGUGUUAAUGGAAUAAUUAGUCAUGUGUACCUGGAAGUCAUGCAACUCCAGGAUGAUGAGUUUGUCAAAAAGAAAAAGUCUGAGCUGAAAAGACAAGGAACUGAUGCUUUUAGGAAUGAGGAUUAUUUAAAGGCAUUAGAGUUCUACACACAGGCAUUGAAGGUUGAUCAGUUCGACGCUACAUUGUUCUCAAACAGGAGCAUUUGCUGGCUUCGCCUGGGUGAUGGAAUGAAGGCUUUGUAUGAUGCGAUUGAAUGCAAAAACCUGCGCCCGAAGUGGGCAAAGGCCUACUAUCGCAAAGGAGCUGCUCUGAUGUUUAUGAAGGAUUAUGACAGUGCUUACGAUGCGCUGUCCCGUGGCUUGGAAUUGGACCCUGAAAGUGAAGAGAUGGAGACAUUGCUUUGGGAGGCGAUGGAGCUGAAGUAGUUACUGCUUGCAAGAAGCUGAUGCAAAACUGGAAGCUCUUCAAUUUUGUUCUCGUAGAUGGAUCAUGGAUAUGGACACAAAUGCUCUUUUGGAUGGUUCCCUCUCUUGUUUACGUCUAGCUGGGUCGCUAGACUUGAAACAAGGACACCCUUUUUUUUUUGUAAUGCUCAAUUCAGGGAGGGUAGCGAGAGUUUAUACCAGCAUAGGUCACUAAUAUCUUGGAGUCGCCUCAGAUACAGCAUUCUCAUGUCCUGUUUGUGUACGGUAGCAUGCCAUUGCAAGUGUGUUUGAUGAAGCCGUUAACUGAAGAUCAAUGUCACAAAUGCUUUGACAAUUGAAACGCAUGUCCAGCAUUCAAUCCCAGUAAUGUUGCUUA